AUGUCUCUCGCCGAACAACCACAAUGUCUCUCGGAGGCAUCAGACUGCGAGGACUGGCAGACUGAACUGGCACGGAAAGUGACCGCGGCAUUGACGGAGCAUUCGCGCAAUUCUUUCACGACCGCCUACGACGAGGACACGCUCGACUUGUACAUGGACAUGGACGACGACCAGUGCAUGAUCGAAGAAGCCACCAUUCUAGACGCAAGAGAGAUGAAGACCAAGGAAGUCAUGAUAGAGCCGCCGGCACUGCCGCAGAGGAACGCCCUCAGAACUUCGAAGCUCCUUGACAGUCUGAAGCUCAACUCGAUCAACUCGGCCACCCAGUCUCUCCACACGCCCCACGACAUCUACCUCUCCUCGGAAGAAGACCCCUCCUCGUCCGCAGACGACUUCUCCGACUACGAAUACGGAUCCUCGAGCGAGGAGUCCGAGAAAUCACCGGCUCGACGGAGGAGCCAGGAGGACACAGCAAGAGCAGUCUCGGUCAUAUACGUGGGGAAGCCCUGCAUUGUGGACUUGGCCAGUGGUCGGAGAACAGCCACUCCCUUGAGGAGACCGAAAUCCAGCGUGUUCGACCAGUCGUUAUCGUCCUCUUCGUCAUCGCUCCUCAGCUCCGACUCUCUCGACAGCCGGCCGAAACACCCACCGCGGCACAGCAGUCUGACACCGAGCAGGGACGUGGCCAAGGCCGCCCCAGCAUUCCUCCAGCAAGAUCCUUUCGCGACGGGCUGCUACAAGCUCGACACUUCAACGGCACAGACAUCAUCCACCGCCAAUCCCCGGGUCCCAAAGACCCCUACGACCCCGACGGCGGCAUUCCAACGGUUUCAGAAAUCCAUUAGCCUGGCCAGGAAGCGAAGCCGUCCGAACCUUAAAGCGCCUGCCACCUCGACAGAGGACGUAGCGUCAACACCAUCCCGCUCAACUACGAACCUUCUAUAUCUCAAUACGUCACCAGGGCUGGAGGAAGCGCCCAUGACACCGGAACCCAUGUCGGCGAUUACCCCCACGACGCCGCAAACACCAAUUACCUAUCACGAGAUCCUUCGGUCUGCGAGGAAGAACUCGAUAUCUUUUAGUUCUUACUCAUCAUCCCCCGCAAUGUCGCCAAUCAGCCCGGCGACAGCGAAGAGGGGCAUAUUAAGUGGCCUGAACAUGAACCGGCGGCGGAGCAGUAUCAGUGUUAGGAUAAGGCCAUAA